AUGUCUAUCCUCAAGCUGGUCGAGGACCGGCCGACGCCCAAGGCCGUCUACAAUUGGAGAAUAUACCUCCUAGCAGCCGUGGCCUCCUGCACCUCCUGCAUGAUCGGCUAUGAUAGUGCCUUCAUCGGCACGACCCUGGCUCUGGACUCGUUCAAGAGCGAGUUCCAAUUCGACACCAUGGACACCACUGCUAAGAACCUGGUCAGCGCCAAUAUCGUUUCCCUCUACCAGGCUGGUGCCUUCUUCGGUGCCUUCUUUGCGUACCCGGUUGGUCACUUCUGGGGCCGGAGGAUUGGCUUGAUGGUUUCUGCUUUCGUUUUCAUCCUCGGCGCAGGCCUCAUGCUUGGUGCCAACGGUGAACGAGGUCUGGGUUUGAUCUACGGAGGUCGUGUCUUGGCUGGCCUGGGUGUCGGCGCGGGCUCCAAUCUGACUCCCAUCUACAUAUCCGAACUAGCACCACCUAGUAUCAGAGGCCGCUUGGUCGGUGUAUACGAGCUUGGCUGGCAGAUUGGUGGCCUCGUGGGCUUCUGGAUUAACUACGGUGUUGACUCCACUAUGGCCCCGAGCCACAAGCAAUGGUUGAUCCCAUUCGCAGUCCAGCUGAUCCCAGCUGGCUUGCUUAUUUUCGGAUGCAUCUUCAUCAAGGAGUCGCCUCGUUGGUUGUUCGGACGAGGUCGCCGCGAGGAAGCUAUCAAGAACCUCUGCUGGAUGCGCCAACUGGAUCAGACCGACAUUUAUAUGAUCGAGGAGAUCGGAGCCAUUGACCAAGCCUUGGAGGAGCAGCGCGCGACCAUCGGUCUCGGAUUCUGGAAGCCGUUCAAGGCCGCCGGCACUGACAAGCGUGUCAUGUGGCGCCUGUUCCUAGGUAGCGCGAUGUUCUUCUGGCAGAACGGCUCUGGAAUCAAUGCGAUCAACUACUAUUCCCCGACCGUAUUCAAGAGCAUUGGUAUCACUGGCGCCAACACUAGUUUGCUGACAACCGGUAUUUUCGGCGUAGUCAAGACCGUCGUCACCUUCGUAUGGCUCCUGUGGCUGAUCGACCGCGUCGGACGACGAAACUUGCUGCUCAUCGGUGCCGCAGGCGGCUCCGUCUGCCUGUGGAUUGUCGGAGCAUACAUCAAGAUCGCGAAGCCCGAGGAAAACCCGAAGUCCUCCUUGGAAGGCGGCGGUGUCGCAGCCAUUUUCUUCUUCUAUCUGUGGACCGAAAUGUUCGACCCCAACAUGCGUUCUCUGGCGCAGGGUUGCGCCGCCGCCUCAAACUGGCUGUGGAACUUCCUCAUCUCUAGGUUCACGCCUCAGAUGUUCACGACCAUGGGAUACGGCGUGUAUUUCUUCUUCGCGUCGUUGAUGAUCUGCUCCAUUUUCUUCGUCUUCUUCCUCAUCCCUGAGACCAAGGGUUUGCCGCUCGAGAGCAUGGACCAGCUCUUCGAGAUUAAGCCAGUGUGGCGUGCACACCCCGCCAUGGUUGCGAAGUUGCGCGAGGAGGAGGAGCGCUUCCGUCAUGAUAUUGAGGAGUCCGGCCUUGCGGCUAGUAAGUUUGAUACCGAGCAGGUCGAAUAUACCGCCAAGUUCGCAUGA